GUGCAGCGGCGGUUGGGGUGAGAGCGCCCACCCCACCCCUCCCGUGCUGCGGCCCGGGCUGCGGCCCCCACCCCGCCGGGCCCAGCCCCAGCCCCAGCCGGGUCCGUCCCGUGCGGGCCCGUGCCGCUGUGCAGCCGGCGACGCCCCGGGCUGCCCACCCGGCACCAUGGAGCUGGAGGACGGUGUGGUGUACCAGGAGGAGCCCGGCGGCUCCGGGGCCGUGAUGUCGGAGCGGGUGUCCGGCCUGGCCGGCUCCAUCUACCGCGAGUUCGAGCGGCUCAUCGGGCGCUACGACGAGGAGGUGGUCAAGGAGCUGAUGCCGCUGGUGGUGGCCGUGCUGGAGAACCUGGACUCGGUGUUCGCUCAGGACCAGGAGCACCAGGUGGAGCUGGAGCUGCUGCGGGACGACAACGAGCAGCUCAUCACCCAGUACGAGCGGGAGAAGGCGCUGCGCAAGCACGCCGAGGAGAAAUUCAUUGAAUUUGAAGACUCUCAAGAACAGGAAAAAAAAGACCUACAGACCCGGGUGGAGUCUUUAGAAUCUCAAACAAGACAACUUGAACUCAAAGCAAAAAACUAUGCUGACCAGAUUAGCAGACUUGAAGAAAGAGAAGCAGAGCUGAAGAAGGAGUAUAAUGCAUUACAUCAGAGACACACAGAGAUGAUCCAUAAUUAUAUGGAACACCUGGAAAGAACGAAGCUUCAUCAGCUCGCAGGGAGUGACCAGCUGGAGUCCGCAGCGCACAGUAGGAUUAGAAAAGAACGCCCUAUAUCACUAGGGCUCUUCCCUCUGCCUGCUGGGGACGGAUUGCUCACACCUGAUGCUCAGAAGGGCAGGGAGACCCCUGGAUCAGAGCAGUGGAAGUUUCAAGAACUCAGUCAGCCACGAUCUCAUACCAGCCUUAAGGAUGAACUUUCUGAUGUUAGCCAAAGUGGAUCUAAAGCUACCACUCCAGCGUCAACAGCUAAUUCAGAUGUGGCAACAAUUCCUACUGAUACUCCCUUGAAAGAAGACAAUGAAGCAUUUGUGAAGGUUACAGAUACAGCAAAUAAGUCAGAGAUAAGCAAGCACAUUGAAGUACAGGUUGCCCAAGAAACUAGAAAUGUGUCCACAGGCUCUGUUGAAAAUGAGGAGAAAUCAGAGGUUCAGGCAAUCAUCGAGUCCACUCCUGAGUUGGAUAUGGACAAAGAGCUCAGCGGAUAUAAGGGUUCCAGCACUCCCACCAAAGGCAUAGAGAACAAAGCUUUUGAUCGCAAUACUGAAUCUCUCUUUGAAGAACUGUCUUCAGCUGGCUCCGGCCUAAUUGGAGAUGUGGAUGAAGGAGCUGACUUACUAGGAAUGGGUCGUGAAGUUGAGAAUCUUAUAUUAGAAAAUACACAACUGCUGGAAACCAAAAAUGCUUUGAAUGUGGUGAAGAAUGAUUUAAUAGCAAAAGUGGAUGAACUCACCUGUGAGAAAGAUGUGCUACAAGGGGAGCUGGAGGCGGUGAAGCAAGCCAAACUGAAGCUAGAGGAAAAGAACAAAGAAUUGGAGGAAGAGCUUAGGAAAGCUCGUGCAGAAGCAGAAGAUGCAAGGCAAAAAGCAAAAGAUGAUGAUGAUAGUGAUAUUCCCACAGCACAAAGGAAGCGGUUUACCAGGGUAGAAAUGGCCCGAGUUCUCAUGGAGAGGAACCAGUAUAAAGAAAGAUUGAUGGAGCUUCAAGAAGCUGUUCGAUGGACAGAGAUGAUUCGGGCAUCACGAGAAAAUCCAGCCAUGCAAGAAAAAAAAAGGUCAAGCAUCUGGCAAUUUUUCAGCAGACUUUUCAGCUCUUCAAGUAACACGACCAAGAAGCCGGAGCCACCAGUGAAUCUGAAGUACAAUGCACCCACCUCUCACGUUACUCCCUCGGUCAAGAAAAGAAGCAGCACCUUGUCCCAGCUCCCCGGGGAUAAGUCCAAAGCCUUUGAUUUCCUCAGCGAAGAAACUGAAGCCAGUUUAGCGUCACGCAGAGAACAGAAGAGAGAACAGUAUCGCCAGGUGAAGGCUCAUGUCCAGAAGGAAGAUGGCAGAGUGCAAGCCUUUGGCUGGAGUCUGCCGCAGAAGUAUAAGCAGGUAACCAAUGGCCAAGGGGAAAAUAAGAUGAAAAAUUUACCCGUCCCUGUGUAUCUCAGGCCUCUGGAUGAAAAAGAUGCAUCAAUGAAGCUGUGGUGUGCUGUUGGAGUCAACCUAUCCGGUGGGAAGACCAGAGACGGCGGCUCUGUCGUUGGAGCAAGUGUGUUUUACAAGGAUGUUGCUGGUCUGGAAACAGAAGGCAGUAAGCAGCGCAGUGCCUCUCAGAGUAGUUUAGAUAAGUUAGAUCAGGAGCUGAAGGAACAGCAGAAGGAGUUAAAGAAUCAAGAAGAAUUAUCCAGUCAAGUCUGGAUCUGUACCAGCACCCAUUCAGCUACAAAAGUUAUCAUCAUUGAUGCUAUUCAGCCAGGCAACAUCCUAGACAGUUUCACUGUUUGCAAUUCUCAUGUUCUGUGCAUCGCAAGUGUACCAGGAGCACGAGAAACGGACUACCCUGCAGGAGAAGAGCUCUCCGAGUCUGGGCAGGUGGACAAAGCAUCUCUCUGUGGGAGCAUGACAAGCAACAGCUCAGCAGAGACAGACAGCCUGCUGGGGGGCAUUGCAGUGGUUGGGUGCUCCACGGAAAGUGCCACGGGGGCUGCUGCCUCCCCCAGUCCCAGCAGGGCCUCCCCGGUGGUAGAGAAAGCACCAGAAAUGGAAGCAGAAAAUACUGAAGUCGAUGAAAAUGUGCCAACAGCAGAAGAAGCAACUGAAGCCACGGAAGGCAAUGCAGGGUCAGCGGAAGACGCCCUGGACGUCUCCCAGCCUGGCGUGUACACGGAGCACGUUUUCACAGAUCCUUUGGGAGUACAAAUCCCAGAAGACCUGUCUCCAGUGUAUCAGUCAAGUAAUGACUCUGAUGGCUAUAAAGACCAAAUAUCAGUGUUGCAAAAUGAACAAGAUCUCGUGAGAGAAGAAGCCCAGAAGAUGAGUAGUCUUUUACCAACAAUGUGGCUUGGAGCUCAAAAUGGCUGUUUGUACGUCCAUUCAUCUGUAGCCCAGUGGAGGAAAUGUCUCCAUUCCAUUAAGCUCAAAGAUUCAAUUCUCAGUAUUGUACAUGUGAAAGGAAUUGUGUUAGUGGCCCUGGCUGACGGCACUCUCGCCAUUUUUCACAGGGGAGUUGAUGGACAGUGGGACCUGUCAAACUAUCAUCUCUUAGACCUUGGCCGGCCUCACCAUUCCAUUCGCUGUAUGACUGUGGUGCACGACAAAGUCUGGUGUGGCUACAGGAACAAAAUCUAUGUGGUUCAGCCAAAGGCCAUGAAGAUAGAGAAGUCAUUUGACGCACACCCCAGGAAGGAGAGCCAAGUGCGGCAGCUUGCGUGGGUGGGCGAUGGCGUGUGGGUGUCCAUUCGCUUGGAUUCCACUCUCCGUCUCUAUCACGCACACACUUACCAGCAUCUACAGGAUGUGGACAUUGAGCCUUAUGUAAGCAAAAUGUUAGGUACUGGGAAACUGGGCUUCUCUUUUGUGCGGAUCACAGCUCUUAUGGUGUCUUGCAAUCGUUUGUGGGUGGGGACAGGAAACGGUGUCAUUAUCUCCAUCCCAUUGACAGAAACCGUAAUCCUCCACCAGGGACGUUUACUGGGGCUGAGGGCAAACAAAACCUCAGGAGCCCCAGGAAAUCGUCCUGGCAGUGUAAUCCGUGUAUAUGGUGAUGAAAAUAGUGACAAAGUGACCCCAGGGACUUUCAUACCCUACUGCUCAAUGGCACACGCACAACUCUGCUUCCAUGGACACCGGGAUGCUGUCAAAUUCUUUGUGGCAGUUCCAGGUCAAGUCAUCAGUCCACAGAGUGGCAGUUCCGGCACAGAUCUGACGGGGGACAAGGCAGGGCCACCUGCACAGGAGCCUGGCAGCCAGACGCCCUUGAAGUCGAUGCUUGUCAUCAGCGGAGGAGAGGGCUACAUUGACUUCCGCAUGGGUGAUGAAGGUGGAGAAUCAGAACUUCUUGGAGAGGAUCUUCCACUUGAGCCUUCCGUCACCAGAGCAGAGAGGAGUCACUUGAUAGUGUGGCAAGUGAUGUAUGGCAGCGAGUGAGCCCGCAGGAAACAGGUGGAGACUGGAGCCCGCCUCUUCUGCAUGGUUCGUUCCCCUCUCCCUUUUAUUUAAUGCUCUGUUUUUGAAAUAAGUUUCACCGUAUGCGCGAGCAUCGUUCCCUGUUAACUUUGUAUUACGGAUCUGUCCUGCCGUAACAGCACAGAGGAGCUAGCGUUGGCUGCACCAGUGUUAGAGGAGAUGGCAGUAGGUUGUGCACACGUCAGAGAACGUUUACCUUCUGUAAACUGGUGACUGAUAGAAAGCAAUCCAAAUGUGGUCAAGUCUACCACAGUUUAAUGUCACUUCGUUUGAUGGGGUAACAUUUUAGCUGUCACUAAUAAUGGAAUUAAUGGAAAACACUUGAUAAAUGAAACUGUACCAUUAAGUACAAUAGCAAGGUGUGCCCUGAUGUAUUAUAGUUGACACACACUAAUAUCGGGUGGAUUAUCAGGAUUUAUCUAAAUGUCCCAAGAGGGCAAAAAGAUAACUGUAAAUUACUUUAACUUUCACUUUCAAAUAUGACAAAUCUUGUUUAUAUGGUAUAUAAGACUUUGUUUUCAUCAGAUUUGGGGGGGUUUUAUAUUAAAGAAACUAAGACUACACUAUUUAAAUAAAAGUUUCCUGUUUCUGACUUA